CAAACACGUAGAGAGAAAGAAAGAGAAAGAGAUCGAGAUCCCUCGAAGUUGUAAAAGCAGGAAUAUAUAUAUGGAGAUGGAAGGGAGUGUCUCCAGAGCUCAUUGUUUGGUCUUAACCUAUCCAUCCCAAGGCCACAUCAAUCCUAUGAUGCAAUUCUCCAAACGUUUGGAUCACAAAGGAGUAAAAGUUACACUCGUUAUUACCAACUUCAUCUCCAAGACCAUGCAUAAAGAAGCCAGCUCCAAUAUUGCGCUCGAGACGAUCUCCGACGGCUAUGAUGAAGGCGGGAUAGCAGAAGCAGAGAGCAUCCACGGUUAUUUGGAUUGCUUUCGUCGAGUCGGGUCGCAAACUCUGACUCAGCUGAUUGAAAAGCUUUCUAGCUCAGGUGGUCCUGUUGAUUGUGUUGUUUAUGAUCCUUUCUUGCCUUGGGCUCUGGACAUAGCCAAAAAGUUUGGUUUAGUUGGUGCUGUGUUUUUCACUCAAUCUUGUGCUGUUGAUAAUAUAUACUACCAUGUCCACGAGGGAGUAUUGAAAGUCCCUCUUUCAGAGACUGAAAUUUUGCUUCCUGGGUUGCCGCCACUCCAAUCUCAGGAUAUGCCGUCAUUCAUUUAUGAUUUCGGAUCCUACCCGGCUUACUAUGACAUGGUUGUGGGUCAAUUCUCCAACUUUGAUAAAGUUGACUGGAUCCUGGUUAACACGUUUUAUGAGUUGGAGCAAGAGGUGGUGGAUUGGAUGGCAAAGAUGUGGCCAUUGAGGACAAUAGGACCAACUAUCCCAUCAAUGUUCCUAGACAAGCAAAUCAAAGAUGACAAAGAAUAUGGUUUGAGCAUCUUCAAACCGAACACCGAUGCUUGCAUGAAAUGGUUAAAUGAUCGUCCGAAGGGGUCGGUUGUUUAUGUUUCGUUCGGGAGUAUGGCUACUCUUGAAGUUGAGCAAAUGGCAGAAAUAGCUUGGGGAUUGAGAAUGAGCAACAGAUGCUUCUUGUGGGUUGUCAGGGCAUCAGAAGAGGCAAAGCUUCCCAAAAACUUUGUGGAGGAGACGUCUGAGAAGGGAUUGGUGGUCUGUUGGUGUCCUCAGCUGGAGGUCUUAACUCACGAGGCAGUGGGAUGCUUUGUUACACAUUGUGGGUGGAAUUCUACUUUGGAAGCUCUUAGCUCUGGUGUGCCAAUGGUCGCAGUCCCACAUUGGUCAGAUCAGAGCACGAAUGCAAAGUAUAUUAUGGACAUUUGGAAGAUGGGACUGAAAGCUCCGAUGGAUGAGAAAGGGUUAGUCAAGCAAGAAGCAAUAGAACAUUGCAUACGGGAAAUAAUGGAGGGAGAGAGAGGGGAAGAGAUAAAGAAAAAUGCCUUAAAAUGGAGGAAAUUGGCGAGAGAGGCUGUUGACGAGGGUGGAAGUUCUGAUAAAAACAUUGAAGAAUUUGUAGCUAAAUUGGUUCACUCCUAAGCUCUAGACACGUGCAACUUCACGUCCAUUUCCAAAGUUGUGUUUUAAGUACUGCUGAAUGGUUAUGUAAUAAUUUCGGCUUAAUUAUGACAAAUGCCGUUUAUGUAAUAACAACUGCAGAAUGGUUCAAAUCCUAUCUGCUUUGGCAUGUUUGCUUUUCGAUAAACUUCUAUCUGUGCUGUGAACAAACUUUAAUUUGGCUUCUGUUGCAGAGCUCCCGCUUCUGCAGAUGAUUUUUUGUCUUCACUCAA